UUCCGGUACUGUGUCGAAUUGAAAGGGUGGCCGCCAUAUUGCAUAUUCCUGGACGUGGAUUGUCAUUGUGGUUGUGCGUGUGUGACACGUGUGCGUGUGAUUCGUGAUUUAGUAUUGGUUUUCAGUGAUUGUUGACAUUGUGACGCGAAAUUGAAAUAUUUUUUUUUAUAUUUUAAAUUAAUAUUAACAUAAUUUGAACUUAAGAACUUAAAAAAAUGGUUUUAGUAUGUGCAUAUUGUGGGCAAAAAGAUGCGGAAGGUGUUUCUUUUCACAUAUUUCCAAAACGUUUGGAAUUACGUCAGUUGUGGAUUAAAAACAUGGGCUUUGAUGAUAAUUUCGAAAUAACUUCGAAUUCAAGAUUAUGUAGCGAUCACUUUGACGAAAAAUGUUUUACAAAGACAAAUGACCGAGAAAGAAUCCAUUCAGAAAGUGUACCAACAAUAUUUAGUAGAUAUUAUUUGAAAUGCAUUUGCUGCGAUAACGUUAAAAAGACAGGAUGCAUCUUACCUUUUCGCAAAUUCCCAUUCAAAAAUCAAUAUCUCUUAAAAGUAUGGAUAAAAAAUAUAGGAUUAAAAGAUUUUUGUCCUGAUGAAAGAAGUCUCAUUUGCGAUGAUCAUUUUGAGGAACACUGUUUCUAUAAACGAAAAUCAGGUGGACUUAUUUUGAAGUCAAAUGCUUUUCCAAAUUUAUUUCACACGAACAUUUCGAAUGAUUAUAUUUGCGUUAAUGAAGUUACUCAACCAGAUGCUGCAGACACUUCAGUAGAAGAAAAUUCCAUAAGUGAGACUAUAAUGACCGGAGUUUUAAAUAAUAAACGUUCUUCUUCGUUAGAGAAUUUACAAAAUUCGAAACGUUUAAAAUUAGACGUGAAUGAAGAAAAUUCUCCAGUAGAAGCAACACGAAUUUUAACUGAAAAACGUUCGUGUUCAGUGGAAAACUUGCAAAAUACGAAAUAUGUUAUAUCAGAUUUGCAAUCGUCACUUGAGUCUACACCAAUUCCAAACAAUGAAAAAACUCCUCAAAUACCAACAACUCCACAAAAAAGAAAUAUCUUGAACCAUGAUCAUCACUAUCACUCUAGUCCCAGAAGCUUGACGAGAAGCUAUUUCAGGUCUCUCCUUACAUAAAAGAGAUUGAUAACUAACUUGCUUGGAAUUUGCAAGAAUAAUUUGUACAUUGAUAAUAAUAAUAAUAAUAAUAUUGUACAGAAUUGUACGUCAAUCAAUUGUGAGUAUCCUAUAUUUGGGCCCCAAAUUUAUAAAAUAGAAAAACAUCGAUUCAACAACCAAAAAAUGAUCCUGUGUCUUAUAAG